CCCAAGCAAGCAACAGAGUUCUCCAUCUAAGCACCCCUCUGUGGCUUCCAAAUUUCUGCUCCCAUUGCCAUCUCGCACUGCAUCGCAUCGCAGCGCCAUGGUUCUCGAGGCCACCAUGAUCUGCAUCGACAACUCCGAGUGGAUGCGGAAUGGGGAUUACUCGCCCAGCCGAUUCCAAGCCCAAGCCGACGCCAUCAAUCUCAUAUGCGGAGCUAAAACUCAGUCGAAUCCGGAGAACACGGUGGGCGUGUUGACGAUGGCGGGCAAAGGGGUCCGUGUGUUGGUGACACCCACGAGCGAUCUUGGAAAGAUACUGGCUUGCCUGCAUGGUUUGGAUUUUGGUUGUGAGAUGAACCUGACUGCGGGAAUUCAGGUUGCACAGUUGGCUCUUAAGCACCGCCAAAAUAAGAAGCAGAAACAAAGGAUUAUAGUUUUUGCUGGAAGUCCAAUUACAUAUGAAAAGAAGACAUUGGAGGCAAUUGGGAGGAAAUUGAAAAAGAAUAGUGUUGCUUUGGAUGUUGUUGAUUUUGGAGAAUCUGAUGAUGGAAAAGCUGAAAAGCUGGAGACCCUUGUAGCUGCUGUAAACAAUAAUGACAAUAGUCACAUAGUUCAUGUUUCACCUGGUCCAAAUGCUCUUUCUGAUGUACUUAUCAGCACACCAAUCUUUUCUGGAGAUGGUGAAGGAGGCAGUGGUUUUGCUGCUGCUGCAGCUGCAGCUUCAGCUGGUGGCGUAUCUGGAUUUGAUUUUGGUGUAGAUCCUAACCUAGAUCCUGAAUUGGCCCUAGCAUUGAGGAUCUCCAUGGAAGAGGAAAGAGCAAGACAAGAAGCUGCUGCCAAAAAGGCUGCUGAGGAGGCUUCAAAAGAGGAAAAGGGAGGGGAGCAGGCUUCAAGUUCCCGUGACACAACUAUGAGUGAAGCAGUCAACACUUCAGCUGUCAUUGCAGAUGAUAAAAGGCAAAAUUUAACGGAUGUUGAGGCUGCAUUGCUAGAGCAAGCUCUUGCAAUGUCCAUGGAUGGUGCUAAGUCCAGUAGCGUGGAUAUGAUUGAUGCUGACAUGUCAGAUGCUACAGCAGAAGAUCCUGAACUGGCAUAUGCCCUUAAAAUGUCUGUUCAGGAAAGUGCAGGAGACUCGUCAACCCAUUCUGGGAUGAGCAAAGUUCUCGAGGACCAAUCAUUUGUUUCAUCCGUGCUAAAUUCGCUUCCUGGAGUUGACCCUAAUGAUCCUUCGCUCAAAGAUUUCCUGGCAUCUUUACAAGACCAAUCAGAGACCCAGCAGAAGCGAAAGGAAGAUUCUCCAGAAAAGGAUGGCGAUAAAUAAAUGAUUUGUGAAGGCUGCUUGUUCGACAAUGGUAAGAGAGGAUUUAUAGCAAACCUCAUCUGAGAGCCGUCCGUACCUUUUUUUAUUCAUCUCCUAGACCUUCGUGAGAUGAACAUGACUUGGUUCUUUUCUAGCAUUGAGACAUCGACACAUAUUCUGAUAUAAAAAGGAGAUUAAGAUGGGUCGUAAAAUAUUCAAGUA